UUUAUUGUGGUAGUGUAUGGGAUUUGUUGAAUGCUUAUAGAUAUGAUAUUUAUGAACAAUCAGAAUUUCCAUCUAGUUGGGAUGAUGAUGUUCCAUAUUGUAUAUUCGAAUAUAGGGAGAAAUAUUAUUAUGGAUCUCAUGAUUAUAAUAAAUAUAUAGAUUAUUAUGAUAAAAUGCAAGGAGUUUUGGAAUUAAUGGAUAGUUGUAUCAUAGAUACAGAUAAAGUUUUUGGAAUUUUAUGUAUUUCAAAGACUUUGGAAGAAAUGGUUGAAGGAUGUAUCAAAGCGAAUAUGGAUGAUAAUUUAGAAAUUUUACAUUCUAUAUAUCCAAAUUUAGAAUGUUAUCUUUCU